AUGCUGCGCAAUUCGAAGCAGAAGGAUGCCGAAGAGAAAACUCAACUUAUCAGCCUCAAAGGACAAUGUCCUCGGAAGCGACAGCGAUGGCCCGAGUCGCUGAUCACCACGAUACUCGGUGCUGGAGGGUUUCGAGGAGGCCCUCGAGGAUUGUCUGCUGACCAUUUCCGUUUCCGUUUGGACAACGAAUCAGAUUGUGCCGAUGCUAACUUCCCUGUGACUCAGGCUGAGCGAGACGAAUUGUUGAUACGGACGCCGGAGAAUCUCAGGGCAGUGGGAAUAUUAUAUGGGCCUGAAUGCCAAACCAGUGAUGACUGUUUUAAUGAUCCCCUCCCUUGUCGUCUUGGCAGCACAUUGAUGGCAGCGGAGGCGCCAGACGAGCUACAGGAGCAGAACUGCUUUGUCGACCUUGUCGCAGAGCUGGUUUGGUUUACAGAUUGCAAGAGGCUCCACAAUGCCCCUGAUGCGUUCCUUAACAGGGGAAGAGAUUUUGACGAAUCUUGGUGCAUUCCUCCAAAAAGGCUUCGCACAUCCCUGAAAGAGACGAUGUCUUCGAGCUGUUCCGACCUGAGAAAGAAAGAGCGUUUGAAGAUAUCAGUACGUGGUGACCCAAAUGACUGGAAGAGGACUUCAACUCUUCCAAUGAUUUCGUCAUACCAUGAUGUCCAUGCACAUGUUGUGGUUAUCGUUGGUCACGGCCUAACUCGGGUAUACAAGACGACGUCGACGGCGAAUUACUGGUACACCUCGUUGACGAUCAAUGGGCCUGCGGAUGAUCCGGUUGUCGGUGGGAUUGGCCGUACGCUUGUAGGCAUGGUGGGAAGAAGGGAGGAAAGGGAGGGAGAGGAGGAGCGCGAUUUGAUGUGUUUAUAUAGGGACGGGGGUACCAACGACGCGUGGGACGGCGCGCAGUAUGACGUAUCGCGUAUCAUCGUCGUUGAUGUGACGCUGGCGGUGGUGGUAAGAGGAAGGGCAGCAACGUGA